AUGAGCGACCUCAGCAAGAACGACGUGGAAAAGGCUUCCUUCGCCUUCUCCAUCUACGACUUCGAGGGUAAUGGUAAGGUAGAUGCCUUCAACCUCGGAGACAUCCUCAGGGCGCUCAACUCUAACCCCACAAUGGCCACGAUCGAGAAGCUCGGUGGUACCAAGAAGAAGGGCGAGAAACAACUCACCUUGGAAGAGUUCCUUCCCAUCUACGCCCAAGCAAAGAAAGACAAAGACCAGGGAUGUUAUGAAGACUUCCUGGAAUGUCUGAAGCUGUACGACAAAGCUGAGAACGGUCUCAUGCUUGGCGCUGAGCUCACACACACUCUUCUUGCGUUAGGUGAGAAGCUAGAAGACAAAGAGGUCAAUGAAGUCGUAAAGGAUUGUAUGGAUCCCGAAGAUGAUGAUGGCAUGAUCCCCUACGCACCAUUCCUGAAGAAGGUGAUGGCGUAA